AUGUCGACCGCAGAUGACCCAAGACCCAACGGGCAUCCACAUUCCGCAGACGACUCCUCGAACGCUGCCGCCGCCGCCCCCAUCUCCACGGCGACGGCGCCUCCAGCUCAACCUUCUGCCGCCCCGCCGACGACGACCGUUGAGUCCAGCGGAAGCGUCAAUGGCCAUGCAGCCAACGGGAUCGCGAAUGACGGCACAUUGGCCAAUUCCCAUCUAACCAGCAGUCCCUCGGAUUCGCCGGAAACCAACGACGAUGCCGUAAAUGGCUCUGCACUGAACGGCCACUCGCCUCAUGGCGCAACAGCCGAGAGCCAGGUCACUGAGGGCGCCGUCCCAUCAUCAAAUGGUGGGCCAUCAACCAACGGGGAUGACUCGCAGCAGAACAAGGAGGGGGCUCUCGAGAACAAGAUCGAGGGCGUGCAGAACCCGGAAGCUAACGGUCACAAGCCACCCGACCAGAAGCCGCACCACCAUUCCGGCGACAUUAAGGGGUUGUAUGUCGAGGGCAAGGAAAAGGUCAAGGACAAGACGUCGAAGCCUUCCGGCGGCUUCGACACGACGCCUCUGCCCGAUGCGCCUCCGGGCUACACCGUGAGAAUCAUCUUCCAUCGAGCAAGCAACCUUCCUGCGGCGGACAUCGGCACCAGGUCAUCUGAUCCCUUCAUCCACGCCACCCUCAGAGCGGCGGUGCCAAAGCGCCACAAGGAGGACCCCGAUCUCGUUCAUCGUACAGAGACCAAGAGGCGGACUACGGAGCCCGUGUGGAAUGACGAGUGGGUUGUUGCCAACAUCCCGGCGGGAGGCUUCAUUCUCAAAUGCCGCCUUUACGACGAGGACUGGCCCGACCACGAUGACCGCCUCGGCAACGUCACCGUCAAAGUGCCCUACGUCGGCGAGGACUGGGAAGGGUACCCGCAGCCAGGUCACGAGUUCGUGGCCAAGAAGCGCAUGGGUAGCAAGCGAGCGUACUUUGUCAAGGCCAUCACCAGUCAUUUCGACCCGCGGACGGACAUGUCGCCCAGAUUAUGGAUCAGCAUGGAGGUCCUGGGGAAGUCGGACCCGCCAUAUGCGCAGAUGUGCACCAUCGGGCCUACCUCGUACUUUAAGCACUUCAGUCCCAUGAUUGGACGCCUUACUGGAAUCAAGGUGAACAUGGAAGAAGAGGCCGAUGCCCGUUCAGACGCGGUCGAUGAACCCCAGGACAAGGACAAGGACAAGGACAAGGACAACAAGAAGACGCAAAAAUAUGACUUCCAAUCCAACGAAAUGCAGCUUUCGGGACCAGUGCCUUCCGAGCUGUACCACCGCUACGUUGAGUUCAGGCCGAUGAUCGGACUGAUGUUUGCGAAGAGCGGCUUGCGAGGCAAGAUUCUCAACAAGGCGCUGCACAAGCAACACAGCAGGGUCUACAACUUUGACAGCUCGACCGAGUACGGCGUCUUCAAGGCCCGCUCAGAAGAGGCCUCCCUGCAAUUCCUCAAGCUGGCGCACUUUGACGAGGGCGGCCGGAUAUUCACCUACGUACUGACGCUCGACGGCGUGUUCCGCUUCACCGAGACUGGAAAGGAGUUCAGCAUCGACAUGUUGAGCAAACACACCAUGCACAGCGACGUCGAGACCUACAUUGCCUGCUCGGGCGAGUUUUUCAUCCGCCGCCUCGAGAAGCCCGACGCGUCAGAUGACCCGGAGCCCAACGAGAAGACGCACCCGUCCGAGGAGCUCUCUGGUGGUCCGCCGAACGGCCACCCUCCCCACAACCCGUCGUACUACCAACUCUUUAUCGACAAUGACUCUGGCACGUACAGGCCGGACAAGUCCGUCCUCCCCAAGCUCAAAGAAUUCCUGCAAGCAAACUUCCCCGGGCUGGGCAUCGUGGCCAUGCACUGCGAGGACGAGGAGCUGCAGAAGCUCAAGAAGGAGCAGGUGGAGGCCAAGAAGAAGGAGGGCAGGAUGGUCAACAUGGUGCUCGCCCGGAGCCCGAGCUCAAGCUCCCUGAGCUCGACCGAGAGCGCGCUGCAGCACAUGGACGAGAGGGGCGAGGACGGCCCGCCGGUCAAAAGCACGACGCAGAAGGCGCUGGACGCAUUGGAGGACCCGAGCAGCUUGAAGAAGAUGCUGAAGCCGGGUCAUCACGGGGGAGGCGAGAGUUCGACUGCACAUUGA